AUGAACGAACUACAUAUAGUCCCCUGUGACUAUAAAUCGGCAGACGAAGAAGAUAUCACAGGAGGCCCGUCGAAAGCAAAGCACGUCGGUCAGACUCAGGACAUGGACGAAUAUCUGCUGAAGAAUGACCUGGAGUUCACGCCAGAUGGACAAUAUGUCCGGUGGGCAAAAGGCAACAAGAAGCAUCCCCGCAACUGGAGUGCAACACGCAAGGUGUAUGAUAUUGGGUUGAUCUUUCUACUGGAUCUCUUUGUAACCGCUACGAGUACUGCUGGUACAUCGGCGGCUUCAGAGGCCCAAAAUGAAUACCAUAUUGGAAAUACCCUGUGCACAUUCUGCUUCGUGACAUUAUUCCUCAUGGGGCAGGUUGUUGGUGCGAUUGUCUUCCCUCCGUGGUCCGAGUGCUUUGGACGCAAAAAACUAUAUUUUAUCAGCAGCACCGGUAGUGCGUUAUGUUGCCUGAUCAUCGGACUCGUUCAUUCUUUGGUCGCCGUGGUUAUUUGUCGCAUCGUCGGAGGGUUCUUGAGUGCUAUCCCAUACACUGUUGGCAGCGGCAGCAAUGAGGACAUGUUCAACUCGCGAUCUCGGAUCUGGACCACCUUUCUCUGGACCAUUGCCUCGAACGUCGGUCUCCUAAUUGGCCCAAUUAUCAGCAUCCUUGUUGUUGAAAAUCUACAUUGGCGCUGGGUAUUUUACAUAUACACGAUCAUCCUCGCUGUCAUGAGCGCGUUCUUUCUCCUCAUCCGGGAAUCACGUCCUGCCCUGCUCCUGGCCCAAGAGGUCUCACGCAUCCGCCACGAAACGGGCCACGACAGCCUACAGCCUCUGACCCACGACCACUCCCCUGACCUCCGCACCUUCAUCAAAGCCUCGCUGUUCCGACCGCUGCAGCUCUUCUUCGGUGAGCUUCUCAUAUUUACCAUGGCCAUGAUGAUCGCCUUCUCCUUCGCCUUGGUCUAUAUCUUCACCGAGGCUCUCCAGCCCAUCUAUGAGUCCAUGAACUUCACACCAUCAGCUGCCGCUUUGCCUUUCCUCGCCGUAGGUGUUGGUGUUUGUUUCAGCACUUUCACUCGCAUUAUCGACUUUCGAAUCAUCGACGCCAAACACGCAGCCUCUCAACCCGUCAAACCAGAAGAUAAACUCACCGGACUGGCCAUCGGGGCCCCUGCUUUUGCGAUUGGGCUGUGGUGGUUCGCCUGGACCAUUCCCCCGAAGGCAGAGGAUAUCCAUUGGAUGGUACCUACGGUAUCUCUCGUGUUAAUUGGAUACGCAUUGAACGAAUUCGAUACUGUGUUAUAUGGAUAUCUAGCAGAUAGCUAUCUGAGCUAUUCGGCUAGUGGCACGGCGGCGGUGCAGCUGGUCCGGGCCGGGAUGUCGGGGGCCUUCCCAUUGUUUACGCGACAGAUGUUUGAUGGGCUGGGGGCGAAUGUUGCGGCUUCGUUGUUGGCAGCGUUGGCCACGGUGUUCUGCAGUGUGCCGUUGUUGUUUCUGUUCUAUGGAGAGCGGAUCCGUGCGAAGAGCCGAUUUGCGAAGCAUAGUUUGGAGGUUCAGGAGCAAUUUGUCAAACAAGGUUGA